AGCCACGUAUCUCAAACCCUCGCUGGCCCCUUAUUGCUUGCUCGAAGUAGUCGCAAAUGAUCUCGCGCACAAUCGCUUCUUUGCGGCCACACGCGCGGCAUGCCCGUCAUUUUUCAGCAGUGAAGCUACCGGCAGAUUCGAACCAAGCGCAGGGCAUUGGCCAGUAUGCGAAGGACCUUUUGGACGGUAAGUUUGGCGACAAUGUCGACGCUUCUGUCUAUGAGCGGGUGGAGAUGUUUCACACAGACUCCGUCAUGUGCGGCAUCUCAGCGUUGGCGCUCAAGACCAACGCCCCCACAAUCCUUCGUGAGGAAGCUUUGACCUACAGUGACCCCAAGGGAGCCACGGUCUUUGGCAGCAGCGCCAGAUGUGCUCCAGAAAAAGUGAUCGCGGCGAAUGCUUCUGCAGUGAGAGAGUGGGACUCCAAUGGAACAGUCUUUGGAUUCAACCCCAGUAUUCCUGGGCAUGAUGCAGGUGAGUUUGGCCACAAUGACUUUUACCCUGUGGUGAUGGCCGCAGCACAGGUCACGGGGCAGGUUGAUGGCAAGAAAGCAUUGUUGGCGAUGAUCGCCUUGGAUGAGAUCCGUGGACGAUUGGCUGAGGUCUUCAGCCUGAAGAGCUACAAGAUCGAUCAUGUCGUUCACGGUGCCAUUGCGUCUGCAGCUGUGUAUGGUGCGCUGAUGGGCGCAACCGUGGAGCAGAUUGAGAGCGCGAUUGGUAUGGCAGUGGCUCACUACAUCCCCUUCCGAGCUAUUCGUGCAGGCAAACAGCUCAGCGACUCGAAGGGCGCCUCUGCGGCCAUCUCCACCGAGGCGGCCGUGCUCUCCGUGCGACGGGCCAUGCGGGGCUUCGUGGGUCCGAAGGACAUUUUCCGAAACCCUGAGGCGAUCUUCCGCUUCUUUGAGCCAACGACGGGAACAGGAAAGAGCAAGGACAACAUCGACAUCACCCUAGGCAACAAGGUUCGGUGGGGUCCUGGACCGAGCCCUUUCAACCUCAUCCUGUCUCACAGUGGCGAUGACUUUGCGGUCAUGGGCAUGCACUUUAAGCUCGGCCUGUACGAGCAUCAAUCAGCUGGCGCGCUGGAAGGGCUCAUCACUGCCUUGGUGAACAACCCAGAGCUGGUGUCAGGAGGAGUGGAUGGCAUUGCUGGUAUCAACAUCAUUGCCUACGAGCCUGCCUUCGGAAUCAUUGGUGAUCCAGCAAAGAAGGACCCAAAGACCAGACAGUCCGCAGAUCACUCCAUGGCCUUCAUCGUCUCACGAAUUCUGCAGAAAGCUUUGAAGACUGGCAAGGUGCCAGGAACCAUGGAUGAGGCGUGGAUGGAGCUGAUGUUGUCGCCGUACGACUAUGGCAAGGAUGCCCUUUGUGAGAAGGAUACCCGAUCGCUGAUGGAUAAGAUCACGUUCUCCCAUGGGGGACCUGAGUAUGAUGCCAAAUAUCCUGAUGGCAUUCCCACUGCCAUUGACAUCACCCUGAAGAGCGGCAAGGUCAUCAACAGCGGCAUGGUGAUGUAUCCUUCUGGCCAUGCUCGGAACACUACUGCAGACCUGAAACAGAUUUUGCAGCACAAGAAUCGCUUGUUGGGUGACAUCGUCUUCCCAGAUCGGUCGACUGUGGAUCAAUUUGUGAACAGAUUGGUGACGAUGAAAGAUGCAUCGGCAACAGAUGCCUGCACUCUCUAUGACUUUGACUUCAACAAGAUGAAGCAGCACGACUGCAUUGAUGGUUGAGUUGCAGCUUUUGCACCCACGUCACUGACCUCCCUGAAGCUGCUGAGUUUAGAUUGGCAGUGAGCGACAAUCCAAUUUGAUGC